AUGGUUGUGAAGACACCAUCUGGAGAUAUUAGUAUAAAAGUCCAUGUACUAAUGACAACUGGCAACAUCCCAGCUCUGGGAAAGAUAGCUUGUCAUGUGGACCAUAUGAGUAAGGAUGGCUGCUGCAUCUGCCACAUUGUGGGUCAAUCUCCUGGUCAUGGCCAAUAUUUCCAUAAGUUAUCUUCCAUUACCAUGCACACACCAGAAAGUUUCAAGCACUUUGAUGAGGUGGCCUCAUCUAGCAAAAAAGGGUUAACUGGCCAAUCUUCCUUCUUCUUACUGGAUUCCUUCUCUGGUCCAUUCUUCUUUGCAUUGGAUGAAAUGCACGGCAUUUGUCACGGCAUUGGCAAACAGGUCUGGGGGCUCGUGUGCGGCAUGUAUGGAAAAGAUCAUCCUCUUUCUCUCUCUCUUGCUGCUCAGAAAGAAAUUGGUACUGCCACGGUGUCAAACAGAAGAAGUAUUCUAACAUCUUUCUACAGUGCAUGGAUCAACAUCGCAACAAGAUCAGAGUACUUUUGGGCUGUGGACUGGGCUGACUUCAUCUUGUUUGUUAUCCCUAUGCUUGUGACAGAGCGUGUCCAUGACCAAGCUGCCCAUAAGACAUUGCUUGAUCUGGUGCAGACAUGCAACCUACUCAUGAGCCGGAAGUUAUCAGCAGAAAAGAAAACCUUGAUUAAAAUAAAUCUCAUUGCAUGGAAUACGUAUUUGGAAGCCUUACUAGCUAAAGAAGAGGUCCAGCUCAAGAUCUUUACGAUCAAUUAG